AUGCUGCUGACGCUCGAAGAGGUGAUCACCCGCAUCGACGCCGAGGGGCUGACGGUCAGCCGCGAGCAGCUCGUCUACUUCGCCGAGCAGCAGUGGGUGCGCGCCCAGGAGGACCAGGGCGCCUGGUACUUCGACGAGCAGGACGCCGCGCGUGCCCGCCUGAUCUGCGAGCUGCGCGAGGACAUGGCGAUCAACGACGAGGCGGUGCCGCUGGUCCUGCGCCUGCUCGACCAGGUCUACGCCCUGCGCGGGCUGCUGGGCGAGGUGCGACACGCCCUGCGCGCCCUGCCCGCCGAAGAGCGCGCCGAGAUCGAGGAGAAACUGCGGCACGCGCUGGAGGGGUGA